AUGCCUUCAUUCUUAACAGACACCAUUUCAAAUCCUCGGAUUCAGCUGUUGGCAACAGCAGCUGCUUCUGGGGCCGCUGUAGCUGGACUCAUCUUCGGCUACCAAGCCUUGGAAAGAGAGGAGCGUCUAUCGGAACUGAAGAGCUCAAUACCGUCUUUCUCAAACGACAAUGGCCGCUCUGGAAGGUUGAACAGUUUUGGGGCCUCAUCAGAAUCAGGACUGGACCCUGAAGAUGCUCGAAACAUUGCCCUGGCUAGGCGUGCGCAAGCUGGCGACUUUGACGAGGAACUUAUCCUAGAGCAACUCGCCCGCAACCAGGUUUUCCUUACUCCCGAGGGUCUACAGAAGCUGCGGGACUCGUUCGUCAUAGUAGUGGGUUGCGGAGGCGUCGGUUCACACUGCACUGCUGCCCUGGCUCGGUCAGGAGUCUCAAAGAUUCGGCUCAUCGAUUUCGACCAGGUGACCCUGAGUUCCCUCAACAGACAUGCUGUUGCUACUCUGGCGGAUGUGGGCACCCCCAAAGUUCAAUGCCUUUACCGACGACUCAUUGCCAUUGCUCCCUGGAUCAAGUUCGACCUUCGACAGGAGAAGUUUGACCAAAACGUUGCUGAAGCGAUGUUGGCGCCCUGGGCAGAGGGUGGCCGCAAGCCAGACUUUAUCAUUGACGCCAUUGACAACAUUGACACAAAGGUGGCCCUGUUGAAGCACUGCUACGAUAACAAGUUGCCUGUGAUUAGCUGUAUGGGGGCGGGAUGCAAGGGAGACCCUACCAAGAUUGUCAUUGGCGAUAUUGGAAUAAGUAAAGACGACGGACUCUCCCGCGCGACUCGACGACGACUAAAGCUUCUGGGAAUUACCAGCGGCAUUCCUGUCGUGUAUUCUACUGAGCAAUCUGGCGAGGGAAAAGCUGAGCUGCUGCCACUCCCCGAAGAAGAGUUCCAGAAGGGAUCUGUGGGUGAUCUCGGAGUUAUGGCCAACUUUCGAGUGCGAAUCCUCCCAGUUCUGGGGACAAUGCCCGCCAUAUUCGGACUCACGGCUGCCAACCACGUCAUCCUCAGGAUCACGGGAUACCCUAUCUCGUACGUCCCGGGCAAGGCGCGGGAGAAGAUGUACGAAGGUAUCCUCACCUAUGUUCAAGGCUCUGAGGACAAGCUCGCCCGAUUGUUCGUGCCGGACACUACCGGACUCAAGACGCCUCUGACGCUUGGGGACGUGGCAUUCCUGACCGAGGAGCUGUAUGGCGGUCGCAGCAUCUUGAGUGGAAUUCCUACAAGGCUUGUCCUGAUUAGGUGGAAGAAGCCGGAGACUUCGAGUAUGACGGUUAUUAACGAGGGUAGCAAGGACGAGCAAAAGUGCUCUACAAUCCGCCUGGGAGAUCUUGUGUGUAUGACGAAGGAAGAGGCCACGAGGCACGAGAAGGAAGUCUUCAAGGCAGGCAAAUCCGUGGAAGAGUUGUAUGAUGCGGAGACUAUACAGCGGGUGGAGGAGCGGAUGAAGGAAGCUGAGAAGUAUGAAUGGUUUCGCAGAUAG